CGGCAUGCACGAGAAGAGUCGAGGAUAGCACGGAAAGAUCGGGCUAUGCUCUGGUAUAACAGAGCCGCAACAGGAUCUUGUGGCCCAUCCGCAUACAGCAUCAUGCUCGCCUCUCUCUUACGUUCUCUGUUCGUGUUCGCCCUGGCGGUUGAUGGUCAAUGUGCUAGGCUACGAGCACACGUGGAACGCGCUGACGACCUUCGCUCGCGCACGUCCGCUGCGAUGUCUCGGCGCUGAUAUAAAUGAACUGUACGACGUCGCCGUGCUAGGUGCACCAUUUGAUACUGCGACGACAUAUCGCUCUGGAGCACGGUUCGGCCCAAAUGGGAUACGUCAGGGCGCACGGCGGUUGGGGAUUGACCGGAUUUACGUCCCGCUCAAAACCCGUGUCAGCGAACACCUUGAGGUGGUCGACUGCGGAGACGUCCCGAUGGUAUACAUCGAUAACAAAGUCGCCUUGAGACAGCUGGAGCAAGCCGGAAUGUCUGUGCUUCAUCGCCGAAGUCUGAGAACAUACGAGGGCAAGAGUCUCGCAAAAGAUGGGAAUUUCCAUCCUAGAAUCUUGAUGUUGGGCGGCGAUCAUACUAUAACGCUAUCUAUGCUGCGCGGUGUCGCGAACAUUUACGGUCCGGUCAGCAUCGUGCACUUUGACAGUCAUAUCGAUACUUGGAAGCCGCAUAAGUUGCCUGGAGGGCCUUGGCUACCCGGCGAGGAGAUACCGGUGACUCACGACAACUAUUUCUGGCACGCACAUAAGGAGGGCCUCUUAGCUGCCAACCACUCUAACAUUCAUGUAGGAAUACAUGGGGCUAUAGAUAGCUGGCAAGAUUACGAGGAUGACUACGAAGCUGGCUUUGUGAUCUCACAGGUCGAUGAGAUCGAAGAUGUCGGCUAUCAAGGUAUUGUCGAGAAGAUUAGGAAUACCGUUGGUAAUAAUCCCGUGUACAUCUCAUUCGACAUAGACGUGAUUGACCUUGGAAUGGCACCUGCAACGGGAACUCCGGAGAUUGGAGGCUUCACAACUAGAGAAAUCAAGAAGAUCUUGCAAGGAUUAGAUGGCCUGAAGAUCGUCGGUGCAGAUAUUGUGGAGGUUGCUCCUGCUUACGACACUCAAGCGGAAGUUACACAGAUAGCGGCCGGCAACAUUGGAUGGAUUCUACUUGCCUUGAUGGCGAAGACGCCUCUGGUGGCUUGAAUGCUACCGCCUAGACCGCUGGUCUGUGUCUACACGUAGAAAUAGAGACAAUGUAGUUUGUGAGGGAUACAUACGGCUGUAUCGGAUAUGGUCUCAUCGACCAAUCGGGAUGAGGAGCCACACAGCUUCAAGUUAUGCUGGGAAGCUUGCAGGCCUUGUC